GUCCUGGACCACACCAGCGGAUUUGAGGGGCUCUUAUUGGUGGACGAUGAUCCCUGGGGGUUAUUGGACACAGCAACUUCAGCUCCAUCCGGGCCACAACCUGCGUGUUUAAAGGAAAAGUGGCUCUAUGAGGUCCUCUCAUCUCCUCCCCCAGGGACUCAUGCAGAUUGGUUGGUGCACGCUGAGCUGCAGGUUUAAUCAGGAGGAGGGUGUUGGAGACACUCCAGACUCCUAUGCAUACGAUGGGAACCGGGUCAGAAAAUGGAACGUGACCACCACAAACUACGGCAAGUCCUGGGCGGCGGGGGACAUUGUCAGCUGUCUGAUAGACUUGGAUGAAGGGACCAUCUCCUUCUGCCUAAAUGGCGUUAGCCUGGGCGUUGCUUUCAGCGACAUUUCCAGAGGGUCCGGUAUGGCGUACUUCCCCGCCAUCAGCCUCUCCUUCAAGGAGUCCGUGGCGUUCAAUUUCGGUUCCCGUCCUUUGAGGUAUCCGGUGGAGGGGUACCGGCCCCUGCAGGACCCACCGACAGCUGAGCUGCUAAAAUCUCAGAGGCUGCUGGGGUACCUGAAGACCGUGCUGAGUACAGGAAUCGACUCUCAGGUAUAG